AAACCCGAGGCGACAACGUAAUCAUGGCUGACAAGGGCAGGGCAAUGCUUGCUGCUCUACCAAGCAGCCGGUUUACAGCAACACGAACUCGCCUGCCGUCUGAUAGCUCUCCCGUACCUGCGCAAAAACAGCCCGGCGAGACGGACGCAGAGCAAGCGAUUCCUCGCAUCACAACAGAAAUGAGAAGAUCAAGAGAAAUGAGGAAGACAAGCGGCUCGACGGCAGCCUCGUUCGUCGAGCGAACGAUCGGGAUGGUAAACCGCGAGGACAUCAACUCAAUCUUAGAACUGCAGAACAACAUGCUGCAACGAUUCGAGAAGUCGAACACGCAACUGGACCGACUGAAUGAAUUCUCGCGCCAACGCUACCUGAAGACGGUCGAACAGUUCCGACAUCACACGAGAAUCCUCGUCAAAAUGAAGCGCGACCUCGACUCGGUCUUUCGACGUAUCAAAGAUCUCAAACAGCGUCUGCACGGACAGUAUCCGAUGGAUUUCAUUUUGAUAGCCGGUGACGCAGGUGAUGACGUCACCGGGUUAGAGGAGGGCACAGAGGAGGAGGAGGUAGAGAUAGAUACGAGGACUUCCCGGGUGGAAGAAGAGGCAGCAUCUGAGGCUAAACCGGAUACGUAAUAUUGUUGCUAUAUCUAGAGUUGUUGAGAGAUCAUAUUUCUGUUUCAAUUGCAUCAUGUGAUGCUUGGAUUCUAAACAAAGUGAAACGAAUUGCGAAUUGAUUUCUAGUUUGAAUCCAUAGGAUCAUGGACUUUGGUGUCAA